AUGGGCAAGGGAGUCCAUAGGUUCAUCGAGGUGAGCCAAGAGGGCGUUGAUGCCCGUAACAAGCUUCUCGACAGAUGUCUCGUCCUCUCCUAUUCGUCAAAGUCUGGUAUAAGCUUCAACAAAGACUGGGUUCCCUCUUUCAGAAGGUGGGCCAUCAGAUUUUGGGCCAUUGAUGAGAACUUCGUGUUGGAAGACUGCUUGGACGGGAGGUGGCUUCUCAUCUUCCCCAGCAUUGCUGAUGCUUUGCGCAUCAAAAAAAUAAAUAUCCUAAAGUUCAGAGAAUUCUUAAGCUCCUGCUCGCUUUGGAAGGAUGGUGAGAUGUCGGUCUGCGGCGAUGAGUCUUGGAUCGUAGCGCUUGAUAUUCCCCUCCACCUGAAAAGCGUGGAUCUUCUUGUUGCAAUCGGAAAAUUCUGCGGGGUCUUUGUGGACUUAGACUGGGAUUCUUGGUUCCUUCCCUUCGUAAGGACCAGGAUAAAGAAGACGACCGCCAUCCCUGACGUAAUUCCUCUUCGUUUUGAUGGCCUGGAAUUUCCAAUUCAAAUUGUUUCGCUGGCGGCGACGCCUCUUGGUCUUCCAUGCAAUACCAUCAUUAGUGCGGGCAUCAACUCCCAUGCACGUGUCUCGGGAACCCUUCCCAGUCACCCCGAUUGA